AGUUGUUGCUCACUGUGCAGCACAGAGCUCGGCAGAAAAUUGUAACUGUGAACCACUUUUCAGGAACAGCUUGGUAAACUGAGUCUCUAUGUAUUUGAGACCCUAAAAUGAUGUGUAUGUUUUCAUCAUCAGUUUUGACCGGUUGAUUAACACUGACAUCUAUUGAGCUGAAUUAUUCUAUCAUCUUUAAGAGCUAAAUUACUGCAGUAAAUGGCAGCCAAUGACUCUUCAGUGCGUGUAAACAAUGACAGUGUCAUUCUAGUUCAGGUUUUCAUAUCACUUUUCCUUUGCAUCAACUUUUUGCUGAUCACAGUCUUUUUCAUGAAGGAUUUCUUCUACACAACCAUGCGCUACAUCUUCUUUGCAAUGACUCUCAUGUCUGAUUGUGUGAUUUUAAUCCUGAGUGAUGUUCUGCUUCUUUUAUUUCACUUUCAUUUCACUAUACAAAUGUCCUUCUGCCUUAUUGUGUAUGUGACUGUGUCCUUAUACACUUUUAUCACUCCACUGACUCUGACAGUGAUGACGCUGGAGCGCUUUGUGGCCAUUUGCAUGCCCCUGCGACACGGAGAGCUGUGCUCCACACGCAGCGCUCUGCACUGCAUCCUCAUCAUUCAUGCCAUCAGCGCUCUGCCCGAUGUGAUUUUUCUCUCCAUCUUCUUUGCGUCUGUGAACCACAGCUUCUACACCCAGAGCGGUGAGUGCUCUGUGGAGAAGUUCAUCCUCCAUACCUGGCAGGGUCAUCUUAGGUCUGCAAUAAGUCAGUUGUACUUCCUGAUCAUGGUUAUCAUUAUCAUUUUCUCAUACUUUAAAAUAAUGAAGGUGGCCAGAGCUGCAUCAGGACAGAACAGGAAGUCGACAUGGAAAGGCCUCAGAACUGUGGUUCUUCAUGGCUUUCAGCUGUUCCUCUGUCUUUUCCAGCUGUGGUGUCCUUUCAUUGAGGCUGCUGUGCUUCAGAUUAACCUGUUGGUCUACAUUAACGUCAGGUACUUCAACUACAUCAUGUUUAUUCUUUCUCCGAGGUGUUUGAGUCCUCUCAUUUACGGCCUCAGGGAUGAAAAGUUUUCUGUUGCUCUGAGAAGCUUUGUUCUUUGUGGUUUGUAUAAGAAACACUAAUCAAGUUUAAUGUGAUUGACAGUAAAACAUGUCCGCCUCUUUUUUGUUUCUGUAAAGCCCACUGAGUUACCACUGUGAACAUAGGCUUUACAAAUAAUUUUGAAUCGUCAUAUGGCAACAAUAUUAGUUCAUAUUUCAAACUUAGCUGCAGGACUUCUCUCUUGUCAUUGUUUGUAAUAAUUUUUUAUUCAUCACUGUUACAAAAAUCUUCUGAUUGUACCAAAAUUAAGACAAAUUCUCUGAUCCAUAUUCAUAAAAGUUAACACCUGUUAAUAACUAAUAAUAAAUGCUCUUAUAAGCCAGA